AUGAAAGAAAUACAAGAGUUAAUUUUUGAUGAAAAUUUAACUGAAAGUUUACUUGAUGAAGGAGUUGUGCCAAAUAAGGUACCGACCUUGGAGAAGAUGAUCCUAGGCACUAAUCUAAAGAUACUAAGUUGUCAAAGGAAAGAAGAUUAUCAAAACUUUACGUUUUCUAUGGAUGAAUUAGCUCAAAACCUUUCCCAGAAUGAUCCUACAAGAAUUGUAAAGGUUCCAGUUAUCUCCAAAACACAGAGAGAAAGGAAUUGGACUAAUUACAAAUAGAAGCAAUAGAAUAUCUUGCUCUGAGACUAAUAAAACAAGGGCUUCGUUGAAAGAAGAUAUUCGGAGCCUAUUGAAAGUUGCUGCCAAACUGAGGCUGGAAGAUCUAGAAAAUAAUCAACAGAAGCUCAAAGAAAUUAGUCAGGCUAAAUUGGCAAAGAAGUCUGACGAUUCCAAAUAUGUAACAAUGGACGAUGUUGAGCCCUUUAAAAAAUCAGAAUAAUUAUUAAUUUUUCAUUUUAA